AUGGGCCUCUUUAGUCAACAACUUAGCAGACAGCCACCUACCUCUGGUAUCGGUAUCCUAGCACCCCCAACGAUCGUCAAGAUGUUCAAUCUCUCCGAGAACUCCCGCCUUCGUGGCUCAGGCCACAUGGUGCUGAAUGUAUUCCGCGCUUUCAACAUCAUCGGACUCUUGGCCAUUUGUGCUUCCACUUGGGUCAUGAUCGUUAUGUCCAUCCUUAAGAACAACUUCGCAUUUUUCGAUUCGGCAUCCCACUUCUUUACCUUCUCUAUCGCUGUGUUUCUUAUCAUUUCAGAGCUCAACCUCUUUCGGAACUAUUUUGAGCGCAACUGGCCCGUCCUCUCAUGCGAGCAUGGCCUCAGCUGGCUGGGAAUUGCCAUGAUUGUGAUGGGCUGCCAGGUCCUCGCCAAUAUCACCGAGCCUGCCUUUUCUGCCGAGAGCCUCGGUCUGCCCCUUUGGCGUCUCAUACUUGCCUCGGGCAUCCUCGCCAUUACCUUUGGCUUUUUCAAUGUUAUUUCGUCGAUCAUCUUCCGUGAUGGCUCCAUGGGCAUCAAUGCACGAAACAUCCGCAGUGACGGCACUCUUGCUUCAGGAAAGAAUUCCUUCGUCGACGGCUAUUCCGUCCGCAGCAACUCCAUUAAAGAGGAGAAGACCUUCCGACGCCUCACUCAGAAGUUUACCCCCUGGAACAAGAACGUCAACACCCGCCCUAAGAUCAGUCACCCAAUCGCCUCCGAUGUUGAGCAAGGCCAUAUGUCCGACAAUGAUCGGGACUGGGAUGAAGACCGACGCAGCCCAAUCAUGCCUGAAGUUGCCCGCCCGCCGACCGCGUUGCACCCUAUGAAUGCUGGCAACACUCGUUUUACCAAGUAUAGUGAGGCUAGUCACAUGGACCGUUUCUAA